AUCACGAAUGGAACCUUGCAAUUUCCAUGAAAUCGAAAAUAUAUUAUCAAACAUUCUUAAAGAAACUAGUGAAAAGUAACGUUAAUUAUGGCAAAUUGUAAUAAAUCUAGUCAAUUUCCUGCAAAGUGCAGUUAUGUGCAAAAAAUGAAAUGUCUCUUCGACAAUAACCAACAUGAUUACUCAAGUGAUAGAAGUAAAAUCAGGGAGAGAAGAUCAGAAGAAAGAGGUACUGAAACAAUUCGGGCGAUUUUGAAUAAUAAUGACCGUAAACAGAGUACAAAGAAAUCAACUAUUGAAAAACAAGAGAUCGAAAAUAUCGUCAAAUCAGUUCGUUCGAAUGAAGAUGGAAAAAAAUCCAUCCCCAAUAUGAAUAAUGAGAUCUGGAAUGAACACAAUGGUCUACAACUCAUAAACAACCAAAAGGAAUACAAGACUAAUGUAUCCAUUAGGGAAAAUCCCGAACCAGUUGAAGAACAUAACAGAGAAUACAAAGUGAGCAUGUUGAAGAGUUUAUUCAUGAAACCAACAAGUGAUAUAACGUUUCCAUGGAGAGAAAUAACAGAAGGCAGGUCCAAAUCCAGCCACAGAAUCAAUAGACCGAGAAGUCCUACGAUACAAUUGAAUAUUGGCAGGCGUAAUUCUUCACAGAUCAAUGAAAAGGAAAAGAAAUCAGAAUCGAAUAUCAGUGAAACCAAAGAAAAUAAGGAAAAUUCAGCGGGUUACUCCACUAAUCAGAAAGGAUCAAAGUGUCCGCAAGCAGUUAACAAUGAUGGAAAAUUCGUCAAACAUAUUGUCAGUUCAUUUCAAAGCACAGGUUACCAAGUACCCAUGACCAAUUCGAAAUUUUACAUACUAACUGAUGAAAAUUCCGAAACUAAAGAUGUUAAUAUUAAAAACUCUGACUCAAACUUGGUACGAAAUGCUGUUCACCACCAAUCUCCCAGUCAUGACUCCAAUAAAGCAACAAAAGAAAGUAAAGAUACCACCUCAAGUGGUAAUCUGAACAAUUCUCUAGACCAAAUUUCUGCUGGUACCUUCACUGAAGAUUAUAGAACUAGUCUUAUUGAGCAAAUGGAUCUGGAAUUGGAAAAUAUGAGACAGAAUGGAUUUCUAGAUGAAAAUCUGAAUUCUGAAUCUGAGUGUUCCACAAAGGAAUAUUCUUUCCUAUGGUCGUGUAUAUUGAAGAACAAAGAGAGAGAUUCUGCUGUUUCCGUUUCUCGCAGGACAACCAAAUAUUCCUCAACAACUUCGACAGAAAGUUGUGGAUUUGAGGAUUUUGAUGAGGGUAUUGGAAUGGAAAAAAGCAGUACACCUUCAUCUAGAAGACUGGAUUUCAUCGUAGAAGAAAUCAAAACAACCGAGAAGAAAUAUGUCGACGACUUAUUGAAAAUUGUAAAAGAUUUUAUUCCAUAUAUUUCUUUUUACACGAGUUCUCUGGUGGAAUUGGACGAGGUGAAAGAUUUAUUUGCCUGUAUCAAAGAUAUUCUUCAUUACCAGUUGAAAUUUCUCGCUGAAAUUGAUGGAUCAGAAAAUAUCGAUGGUGUCAUAGAAUCUUUAAUUUCGAAUGAAAGGUUACUUGCCAUGUAUCCAAAAUACUUCAGGAUCAAACCUAAAACCGAUGAAGUCCUCAAACCAUACACUGGGAUUUUUACAGAUAUGAAAGAGAAGUUUGGAGAUUUUUUUGAUUUCUCGGCCUACCUCCUCAUUCCGAUCCAAAGACUUGGAAAGUACAUAUUGUUUCUAGAGAAGGUCGAAAAGGAACAGAAAAAACUAGGCAUAUCAAAUGUGCGGACACUUGAAGCUCUGAAAAUGGUGAGGACCCAGAUGACUAGAGGCAAUACAUUUGUAGCCAUAGAUUCUAUAAAGGACAGCCCCUUAGGAGAAAGUGACGAAAAUUUUGGAUCUUUCGUAAUGAGUGAAUUAUUCGUUAUAGACAAAUGCCAAAGAAUGGUCUUUCUAUUCGAGAAGACAAUAAUUUUUGCCACGCCCGAACAGGAUAAUCAAGAGAUAUUCCUAUACUGGAGCAGUAUAAAAAUGGACGAUCUGAUCAUGAACAUCGCCGACAGUUUAAUUUCGGCUCCCACGGACUUUGAGAAGAAGGAGUUUUUUCCGGAAAGUGUCUCUCCCCACGUAUCGAUACAGGAAUGCCCCUUCGACGUCACUGGGUAUGGCUGCCUGAUAAUGAAAGACAAGUUCGAACUGAAGUUUGCCGUGCAACAGAAAAAGAAGAAAAACGUUGUGGUAUUCAUGUUCGAGAAGAUUAUCGUGUUUACGAGGGUAAGUAAAUAA